AUGUCAUCAACAACUACUAUAGAAAUUGAAGGUCUUCCACCUGAUCCGACUACAAUUAGUAGAAAUAUUGAUCGAAUGUAUGCUCAUUAUAAAAAACAAUUAAUACAGCUCUGCAAAUCAAUGGACUACUUUUGUUUAACGGCAGAUUUUUGGACCGAGUCUUAUACUGUUUUUCAUGAAGGUUUGUCGUAUUGUGGUUUAUUACUUAAUCAUGUUGAUCUAGAAUUUCAAUCGCAAGCAUUUUUACUUGGCUGCUUUCCAUAUGAAAUGGAAAACAAACGAGCAGCAACUAUUCGAUCUUUUGUUGAUGAUAUACUUCAAAGUUUUGGUUUGAAAUUAGAUGAAGAAAAAUAUAUUAUGAGUGAUAACGAACCGACAAUGAAAUGUACAUUUAGUUUGAAUUGUAAACGUAUUGGCUCCAGUGACCACUAUCUCAACAAACAGUUACAGCAUGCCUUUACAUCACAAAUGAUCGACGGAGAAGAUGUUACCUGUGAAUUAGCUCAAGAAAUGUUUGAUAGUGUUAAACAUACUGUUUCAAGUGUUCGCCGAAUGCACAAACAACAAAAUUUGUCGAAAAAAUGA